UUCUCGUAUGAAAACAACUUUAACCCGCAUGAAUACAAAGUCAAUGUUAAAAAAAUUAAAAGCUUAUCCUCAACCAAACCUUGUGUUUAUAUCCGCCCCCAUCAUACCCCAACAAGUUCAAUAAACUUUUUGCUUGAUCUGUAUCAAAAUACUGGGCUGUAAUAUAAACACCCAAAAAAACUGAUGAAAAAAAAGUGAACCUCUGUCUAUUGCAUCAACCACUUCUAAAUCUGUCCUCCAUUAAUAAAUCCAAUCCUGCAAAUUCCUCUUUUCAAAGGUAUCUGGCUCAAACCCUCAGCUCUAAGAGCAUAGUUUGCAACACCCAUCAUCUUCAUUUCCAUAUAAGUUAUAUAAGGAGGCAGUGAUGAGGGCUCAGAAGAAGACAAUCCAAGCUGUAGCAACAUGGGUAAGGAGACAACCACCAAAGGUGAAGGCGUUUCUAGCCGUGGUAUCAGGAAUGACUGCUCUUGUUUUCUUGAGAUUUAUCGUAAACGAUCACGAUAAUCUCUUUGUUGCAGCUGAGGCUGUUCAUGCUAUUGGCGUCUCAGUUCUUAUUUAUAAACUCAUGAAGGAGAAAACAUGUGCUGGACUUUCACUCAAAUCUCAGGAACUCACAGCAAUAUUUCUAGCUGUUAGACUGUAUUGCAGUUUUGUUAUGGAGUACGAUAUACACACGCUUCUAGAUACAACCACAUUGGGGACAACCCUGUGGGUUAUUUAUAUGAUCCGAUUUAAACUAAGAUCUAGUUAUAUGGAGGAUAAAGACAACUUUGCAAUCUAUUAUGUGUUGGUGCCGUGUGCCGUAUUAGCUCUAGCCAUUCACCCGUCGACAUCACAUAAUAUUUUGAACAGGAUCUUCUGGGCUCUAUGUGUAUACCUAGAAGCAGUUUCGGUGCUUCCCCAGUUAAGGGUGAUGCAGAACACAAAGAUUGUUGAACCAUUUACAGCUCAUUACGUGUUUGCCUUGGGCGUUGCAAGGUUCUUGAGCUGUGCCCAUUGGGUCCUCCAGGUCCUAGAUACUCGUGGACGCUUACUAACAGCUUUGGGUUAUGGGCUGUGGCCUUCUAUGGUUCUUUUGUCAGAGAUAGUCCAAACCUUCAUCCUGGCAGACUUCUGUUAUUAUUAUGUGAAGAGCAUUUUUGGCGGACAACUUGUUCUACGUCUCCCCUCCGGGGUAGUAUGAGAGUCUUAAGCGAGCUCUUCUCUUACACGGUGUGGCGCUAACUGUUCACAUCAAUAACUUAAGCUUAGAGAACGUGUUUUUUUUUUGUGUUAGUUCGCCGUUCCACUCUCUCUUUUCUGUAGUAGUCAAUGAUGACUCUGAAUUGUUGUAGCCCGGGUAACUGUAAAGAUAGAACUGCAAAUGUUCUCUUGGUGCUAAAAUAUAUUUUAAGGAAACCAUGAUUGUUCCAUGGCUACACUUUGUAACAGUGUAUGCAUCUCCGAUAUUAAUGCCAUAUUUGUUCUGGGGUUUAA